UUUGUGAUACAAACCCAGUAAAUGUGUUGGCAACACUGAAUACAGCAGCAAUGUUUUGACGUUUACCGAUCUAACCUCAAAAUUCUAGUCAUGUCGAAAGUUAUUUUAUACAAUUUUAAUCAUUUACGUAAGAAUUUUAGCACAAUAAGUUGCUACGUGCCCAAGCACAAUCCAGUGCAAGACAAUGACAUCGAAAUAUUACAAGAAUUCAUACAAAAAUCCAUGAAAAUGGUUAUAUUAACUGGUGCUGGCAUAUCCACUGAAUCAGGUAUUCCGGAUUAUCGUUCUGAAGAGGUGGGUAUGUAUGCUAGAACUGAUAGAAGACCUGUACAGUAUCAAGACUUUUUGAAGUCAAGUGAAACUCGUAAGAGGUAUUGGGCAAGAAAUUUCAUAGGUUUCGAUAAUUUUUCCAAAGUAAAACCAAACUCGGUGCAUUAUUCCAUAAGAAAUCUGGAAGUGGAGCACGAUAAAGUCACUAAACUUGUCACACAGAACGUUGAUAGUCUACAUUUCAAAGCCGGUAGCAAACAGGUUGUAGAACUUCACGGGACAGCUUUCAAAGUGGUUUGUUUGUCUUGCGAGGCGGAAUACGACCGAUUUUACAUACAGGAGAGGUUAAAGGAAGUGAAUUCUCACCUUUUUGGAACAUCUGAGGGUGUACGGCCAGACGGAGAUGUAGAGAUAUCCCAAGACACGCAGGAUAUGUUUGUGCCGCCCUCCUGCGAAUCCUGCGGCGGGAUUCUGAAACCCGACAUAGUUUUUUUCGGUGAUAAUGUGCCGAAAAUCAGAGUUGAAGAAGUUAGAAACUCUGUUACAAAAAGUGACUCUUUAUUGAUCCUGGGGAGUUCUCUCUCAGUGUUUUCUGGGUACAGGAUUGUUUUGCAAGCUGUUGAGGAAGGAAAAAACGUGGCAAUUGUUAAUAUAGGGCCAACAAGGGCCGAUAAAGAUGUUAAGUUAAAAAUAAAUGCCAAAUGUGGGGAUAUACUACCAAAGAUUUGUUGACGAUGUUACAUUAUUGUGUUAGCUAAAUUUUGUGUUUGUAUAUUUAAUUUAUUAUUGUUUUGAGAGAAUAAAAGUGUAUUUUUGUAAUUUGAUCCUAA